AUGUCGAUGUUCCGGGCGAAGAAGCUCGACCUGGGCUGCUUUGUGAACAUCAAGGUCAUCCGCGACCACACCAAGCGGAAGGUGUACGAGAAGUACGAGACGGAGAGACAGGCCCUCCGCUACAUCAUCCGCAACACCACCCUGCCCGCGCGAGUGCGCGCAGAGGCACAGCUGCAGCUGACGCAGAUGCACUGCUAUACGAACCCGACACAGAUCCGCAACCGUUGCAUACUAGGCGGCAAGGGACGGGGUAUCCUCAGUGACUUCAAGAUGUCGAGGUACAACUUCCGGCUCCAGGCUAUCGCAGGCUCUUUGCCUGGUGUACAGAAGGCUAGCUGGUAG